GCCGCCGCCCUCCCGCCCGGCCCUGCCCGAGCCGUCCCGGCUCCGCCGCCCAGGCGGCCGUGCCCCGCGGGGGCCGGGGGAGCCCCAUGGGGCGGGGGCAGCGGCAGCGCGGCGCCGGCCGGCCCUAGGCUGCCCGCCGCCGGCGCUGGCCGCAGCAUGCCGGCAGUGCUGCGCCUGCUGUGGUUCGGCUGCCUCUGCAGCCUCUGCCGCGGGUAUUUCGAGGGCCCGCUGUACCCCGAGAUGUCCAACGGGACCCUGCAUCACUACUUCGUCCCCGACGGGGACUACGAGGAGAACGACGACCCCGAGCGGUGCCAGCUGCUGUUCCGGGUGAGCGAGCAGCGGCGGUGCGGCGCGGCGGCGGGCGGCGGGCUGAGCCUGCGGGAGGAGCUGACGGUGCUGGGUCGGCAGGUGGAGGACGCGGGCCGGGUGCUGGAGGGCAUCGGCAAGAGCAUCUCCUACGACCUGGACGGGGAGGAGAGCUACAGCACCUACCUGCGCCGCGAGUCCGCCCAGAUCAGCGACGCCUACUCCAGCUCGGACCGGUCGCUGAGCGAGCUGGAGGGCAAGUUCCGUCAGGGGCAGGAGCAGGGCGGCCGGGAGGAGGCCCGCCUGGGCGACAGCUUCCUGGGGCUGCUGCUGCACGCCCGCGCCCUGCUGCGGGAGACCCGCCACAUCUCCAGCGGGCUGCGGGACAAGCACGACCUCCUGGCCCUCACCGUGCGCAGCCACGGCGCCCGCCUCAGCCGCCUCAAGAACGAUUAUCUCCGCGCUUGAGCCGGGACCCCCCGCCCCGGCCGGCCCCGGGCCCCCCGCCCCGCCGGCGGCACCCCCGGCCCCGCCGCCAGCCCCUCCGGAGGACGCGGCACCGGGCUCUGCCUGGAGGAAGCCCCUCCUCGCACAAACACAUCCUUCGCCCUGGAAAAAACUUAUUUAUUACGUUGGACUUGCUAAACGAAUAGCGUGCUUUCAGUAAACCAGGAAGCUAGAGGUAUGUUUAAGUUAAUAUCCCGUAUUUAAAAAAAAAAAAUAAAUAAAAAAAUUGUAGCCCGGGUUAUGCUGUUCGACACUGGUCACAGAGGAAAGUAAGCCUUCUCGUCUUGGAUUCCCCAUCACCGGUUUAUGUAUCGCCUGUUCUGCGUGCGGCUCACCUGCCGCAAACCUGGGUGAAGCGUGGUGCUCGCCAGCCACCUCCGGACCCGCCUGUUGCUGAUGCUUAAAUUGCUUUUGUUGUUACAGCCCGUCAGGGUGAAACCUCUGGCCCUCUAUUAAUUUCCUUAACCUUUUGUAACGGUAUGUAUUCAGUGCACGUUAAGUAUUGUUUUACUAUGUAACUUAAAGCUGUGAUUUCAGUUUGUGUUCUGAAAGACGGGAACUAUUCUGGCAGGAUUUGUUACUCUUCCAGGCUUGCUUAUCUGUGACUCUAAGCUAUCAUAACCCCAAGAGCCAGCCAAAAAGGCUUAUGUCAGAUCCUGAGAAUGCUGAUGCAGAUUUUUAUAGUGAGAAGAAGGAGCUCUAGUGGUGAUUGUAGUUUCAGAUCCCAAAUUUGAGAGCCAGGUUUCAUAGAGCAUGUUUCUAAAGCAGACGAAAAGGUUUUGUCUGUGCCAGCACAGUGACAUUUCUUGUUGGUGCCUUUGUACUUUUGCUAGCUAAGCUAUUAAUAAAACUAUUUGUGCUCCUAGACAAUAGCAGAAGUGCCUAGUGGGAAGGAGGGGGAGGAUUGUUUGGGUUUUUAGACUCAUUGCUGUUUAAUUGUCAGUUUGGGGUAAUGUGGCUACUUGGUUACAGAUACUGCAGGCAGAAUCACUGUUGGGAUAAAAAACGUCCGUAUGUUUUGUAUGUUUUAAUAAAUGUUUGAAAACAGUGUUAAAGCACAUUUUUCUUUUACUGUUCUGCUUGAGAUGCUCUUGAUUUAAAACAUGCUGUUGUAAUACCUCUUUUCAGAAAAAAAAAAAAUGCAAGUAUGUAGAUCCUGCCAAAUGAAAUAACUUGCUUUUUAGUUAAAUAAAAAUGUACAGACUCGAGAGGUAAGAAAGUUUCAUUAAAAGCGAUGAUACAGAA